ACUUUGUCCUGUUGUUGAUUAUUGAGUUGCGUCGACAGUUGUUGUUCUUGUUGCUCUCACUUCCUUCCUACCUUGCUUGUGUUGCUCGCUGCUGACACCGCCCCUCUCUCUUUUUGGAUUGCCAUGUCAGAGAUGAGCACGCGCAAAGUGCAGAAGCACCUCCAGGAGGUGAACCAGGCCUUUGAGAAGGAGUACCUCUCCAAAGUGCCUCGCGGCAAUGUCGUGGAACUGCGCCGCCAUCUGAAGAGCAUUGCGGAGGAGUUUGCCCGUGCAGAUGCAAACAACUCUGGCGACAUUGAUCUCAGCGAGAUUGGCGCGUGUUUGAAGGCGCUUGGGCGGGAUCUGCCGCCCGCGUCAAUCAAGGCCGCCAUUCGCCGCGUGGACGACGACGACUCCGGCACCCUCCGUUACAGAGAGUUCAUCAACCUGAUUCUUCUCGAGAAGGGCUUCAUCUCGGAACCCAUUGAAGAGCGCAGCUCUGCACCGGCUGCAGGCGGCCUGGGCCGCCGCCGCCACGGAGCGGUGAAGAAGAAGAAGCGCGGGCAUCUCAAGCUCUCCGUCGUCCUCAAGGAGACGCGCGACCACAUUGUCCUCGAGGUUGAGGUGUAUGAGGCCAAGAACCUGCUGCCGGCCGACCUCAACGGCCUCGCAGACCCAUAUGUCAAGAUGUACGUGCACCCAGACCCCUCCAAGAAGACAAAGCAGAAGACAAAGAUUGUCAAGAAGACGCUCAACCCAGUGUGGAACGAGAAGUUCACGUGGAAGUUCAGCAAGCACGACGACCUGUCGUCCCGCAAGCUGCACGUGGCCGUGUGGGACUGGGACCGCGUCACGCGCAACGAUUUCAUGGGCGCAAUGGCGUUCACGUUCAAGGAGCUGAUGGACGAGGACACGGUCAAGUCCAACUGGUUCAUUCUGCUCGAUGAGGAGCAGGGCGCCACAUUCAACUUCCCAGACAGGUGCGCACCACCAAUCAAGAAGAACGCUGCGCCGAUUGCCAAGUCGAGUGGUGGCAGCAUCACCGACUACCACCUCCUCAAGGUCCUCGGUCGCGGGUCGUUUGGAAAGGUCUUCCUUGCAGAGCGCAAGACAGACAAGAAGCUCGUCGCCAUCAAAGCGCUGCACAAACUGCGCGUCAUUGAGGACGACGACGUCGCAGCCACCAUCACUGAGCGGACGGUUCUUGGGUAUGGCCGCAGCGCGCCGUUCAUGAUUGAGCUGGUGUGCGCGUUCCAGUCGCAGUCGAGCCUGUUCUUCGUCAUGGGUCUGGUUGCUGGUGGCGACAUGAUGUUCCACGCCAUGCAGCAGGGCAGCUUCUCCGAGAAGGCAACCACCUUUUACGCCGCAGAGAUUAGCUGUGCGCUGCAGUAUCUGCACGACAAAGGCAUCAUCUACCGCGACCUCAAGCUGGACAACGUCAUGCUCGACGAGGAGGGCCACGUGCGGCUGGCUGACUUUGGGCUGUGCAAGCUGGGCCUGUCUGAGGGCGAGCGCACAUCCACGUUCUGCGGCACGCCAAACUACCUGGCGCCGGAGAUUGUGACGUACCGGUCGUACGGGAAGGAGGUGGACUGGUGGUCCCUGGGCGUCAUCAUGUACGAGAUGAUGAAUGGCAUUGUCCUCUUUGACGGCGACUCGGAACAGGAGCUGUUCCGCAACAUCCUGCACCAGCCCAUCGAGAUGACCCGCACCAUGAGCCGCGACGCGCGCCAGAUUGUGUCCAACUUCCUGUGCCGCGUGCCCAGCCGCCGCCUCGGGUACGGCCCGAGCGCCAAGAGCGAUAUCCGCGCAGAGCCCUUCUUCAAGGACAUCAAGUGGGCCCAGCUCGAGAACCGCGAGACACAGCCCCCGUUCAAGCCAAAAGUCAAGAACCCGCGUGACGCCAGCAACUUUGACAGCGAGUUUACGUCUGAGCGCGCCGCUAUUACCCCACUCGCAAAGCAUGAGCUCGAUCUCAUUGACCAGGAUCUGUUCCGCGGCUUCAGCCUUGCUGAGGAGCCCUCAAUCAAGCCUGUGCUCGUCUGA